CCGGGGUGCAAAAAAAAGCGGAACGCGUCCCCCUCGCUCCGGAAAAAGAAGCAGCAUUUCGCUCGGAGAAAAGUUCACCAUACCAGAUUAUAUAUCGUCUCAAUUAAGAUAAAUUCGUACCAAUUCGUGAACGCCGAGGGAUUUGAAUACCGUUAGAACAGAUAGCGGGAGAGGUCAACUCGUCCGGCCUUUAUAAAAACGGCUGGACUCCUGCCCAACUCAGUCGCCUUAAGACAAAUCAUGCGGUACUUUAGUUCAGGAGUGGUCAUUUUUAUUUUAUGCAGUUUGGGACUAACGAGAGGACGGUCAUGGCGAAAGAAAGAACCCGGUUUGAGUUUCGUCGGCGAAGGGACAAACGAUCUUUCAACGUCUAUAUUGCAGAGUGAGGCAGAGAAUAAUACAAAUUUAGUAUUUUCACCAUUUGGAUAUUCAGCAAUACUUGCUGUAUUGGCAGAAGGUGCAAGGAGUAAUACACGAAAUGAACUUGUGACUGCACUUAAGCUUCCUGAAGACACUUUUGCAGUCAGAAAUACAUAUAAGACCGUUCUUUCCAACAUGCAGGACCAUGGAGUACUCAACAAGCCAGAAUUUAAAAAUUGGUUCUACGUUUACCAAAAUUACUCGGUGUUGCAAGCUUACAAAAGCAUUCUGGAUGAAAACUAUUUCACUCAAGUGAAGCAAAUUGCGACUGACUUUAAUUAUAGUGCAGAAGAAAAUCAGAGCAAACCUGAAGAAUCAUCCGAGCUAGUUUCUGAAAAGGGAGGAGUGGAUAAACCUUUGAAAACAGAUAAAGAAAAUACCGAAGGACAAACAACAACUGAGGCUGUAAGAGAAUCUGAGAAACCUUUGGGUUUGGAAGGCGAGAAAACUUCAAAUUCUGAAAAUAAUAAUGCAAACCACACAAAAACUAAAGAAGUCAAAGGAAAUGAAGCUGUCAUGGAAGAUAUCAUUGCCAGGGCGAUCAAAAGUGAAAUGCAGGUUGAAAAAGAAAUGCUAACUGCACUUUCUGCUAAUCGACUUUCGACUGUUCAAGAAACAGAAACUGGUGAAGAAAAAUCAACAUCACGCAUGAUCAUUUUCAACGCCCUUUACUUCAGAGGUAACUGGUCGGUUCCGUUUAAGGCAGAAAAUGAAAAGCUGUCUACUUUUUAUAAAUCAGAAACAGAGAAGAAGCAGACAAAAUUUAUCUGUUCAGAAGAACAAUUUGAAUACGGUCAAGUGCCCGAUUUAGAUGCAUGUGCUGUAGAACUACCAUAUCAGGGUGGCAAGUAUUCUCUUCUCCUUGUGACUCCUAAUUCCCGAAAUGGACUUUCAAAACUCGUAUCAAAUCUAUCAGGGUACUCGUUAGCGGACAUUGGAAAACAUCUUACUAAGAAAUCGGUGAAUGUCUGUAUCCCUUCAUUCAAAUUUUAUUCAAUCACAAGACCUAAAGCAGCCCUCAUGAAAUGUGGAAUCAAGGAUAUAUUCAGUGAAGCAGCAGAUCUUUCAGGCAUCUCAGGAACCAAAGGUCUUUAUCUGGAUGAUCUAGUACAACUGGUAACAUUAGAAGUUAGUGAAAGUUCUGGAAACUAUAAUUUCCUGACCAGCAGCAGUGCAGAAGAACUUCGUCAAAUCGAAACAAGAUCAUCUGUUGAAAAGUUUUCAGCCGAUCGUCCGUUCUUGUUUUUCCUCAGAGACAGAGUCGAUAAUUUGGUCGUCGUUGCAGGCAAAGUGCAUGAUCCUGUUGCCCCUGAUGAAGAAGCAUGAAAAACUUAGACAAAAAGUUGCUUUAUCUCACUUUAUCUGACUAGUCGAUGUCGAUCUUCAUGUUUUUUUUUUCUUUUAUUAGGCUACAAAUCAGAUAUUAUUUAUUUAAUUCAACAAAUAUUUAUUGUAAUGCAUACCUUAUAAUGAAAAAACCUGAGGAUC